UCAACCCCAAAAAUUGGCUGCCAAAGUAAAACGAAACCGCAAACCGCCAACACUUCCAAGGAUCCGCCACUGCAGUCUCUGUUCCGAAAACUUUGAAAAGGAAAUGUUAUGGUGAGGUCAUGCGGAUUGCAUCGAGUCGACCUUACUAGGUUGAGCUCCGUGUUCUUUCUGUUCGGAACCAUCAUCCAAUCAUGCCACGCGUCUAUAUUCUGGGAAGGCUCCAACGAAACCUUUCCGAGCUUAUCCGGUCUGUUCGGGCGCCCUCUAGAACGCGGCGUUCCUUAUUCAGCUCGUUUGCAGUUUUUGCGCGAAAACCCAUAUCUGUGUCACGAACUGGAUCUGAACCAGACCACGUACAGUCGUCCUACUCACGUACCUGGCGAAACCGCCGACGUAUCACCCAUCGUUUUGCUCGCCGCACGCGGCGAAUGCUCGUUCUAUGAAAAGGCCCAAAUGGCCCAAACUUACGCUGGGGUUGGCUUUCUUAUUGUUUACAACCAAAAUUUUGAAGGGGAAGACACGAUUGUACCCAUGUUUUCCGAAUACGGCGAUUCACGAUUGUACCUACUUUCUACUACACAUCGGACCGGGCAGGCAAUGAAGCGAUUGAUAGCGGAUCAGCCGGAGAACAUCAUAACAGAAGGAGGCCCUUUGAUUCGGAUGGAUAGCGAUGCUCCGGAUGGAGUCGUCACUGUAGCCGAUCUACAAGCCUUGCUGUUGUCCGCCUUGGGACUCUUUUUCAUGCUUUUGUCUUUUUCUGGGUGUCUGAUUCUUUGCGUGGGGAUGUACGGCCACUUAUCGGGUAUGUACUUACGCACCACACCGAGUGGUGCGACCGUGAUUGGGCGGAGGCUACUGACCGCGCGCCAAGUCCGAAACUUGUCCGUGAAUGUCCCGGAAAGUACUGAUGUUAGUCUUGAAGAAGGCGAACAAGAGCACAGCCAAUGUGCAGUAUGCAUUGAUGAUCUUAUCGGUGAAUCUGAUAUUAUCACUUUGCCUUGUCAUCAUCGAUAUCACGCGGAUUGUAUUAUUGCGUGGCUGACAGAACGACAAUCUAGCUGCCCUCUCUGCAAAUAUGACGUCAUGGAAUACGUUCUGACCCAAGAAAGUGCUCAGUCCAACGGUGAGCGGGCGGGUGGGACGGAUCUGAUUUCAACAAACAUUUCAUGGUUCGAUCGUCUUUGGCGCUACCGACGAUGGACCGUUGUCAGCCGCGACGUGGACGAAGAUGUCACACAGCGUGAUGGUAUUGUCAUUGACGCUGAUGAAAUGGAUCCGCAGCUCGAAAUGACAGGGGCAUCGCACUUUCAAAUAUCGUAGGCGCAGCUUAUUGGCUUUGUAAAACU